UUUGGUCAAGUUGUGGCCAUAAAGGUAGAUAGGCCCACUAGUAUAGUAGCAGACACAACUUAGUGUUGCUCAUACAGCGCUGCAGUCCUAAAUAGAGUGAGUUCUACUUUCAUGUAAACUAUGUGUGUAGUUGGGACAGGAGUGAAAGUCCCUGUAAAUGUAUUUUUGCUGGUAUAUUUUGCAUUGCUUGUGGAUUUGACUUGGACCCUGGGACAAUUGAGAGGCACAGGAUUCACGUUUAUAUUACCGGCUGGCAGAACAGAAUGCUUUUAUCAAACCACAUUGAAGGAUUGGACAAUGGACGUAGAAUACCAGGUAAUAGCCGGGGCCGGUUUGGAUGUCGGCUUCACCCUCCUCUCCCCCAGUGGACACCGGAUAGUCGCAGACUUCAGGAGCUCCGAAGGCAUCCACACAGUGGAAUCCGCGCAGGACGGCGACUAUCGGCUGUGUUUCGACAACAGCUUCAGCACGCGGUCGGAGAAAAUGGUGUUCUUCGAGGUGAUCGUUGACAGCCAGGGAGACCGCGGCAGAGAGGACGAGGCCUGGGGGGAGGUGGAUGCCACGGACAGUUUGGCUGAGUACAAGAUGGAGGACAUCAGGUCGACUAUGGACUUUGUUCACCGAUGUCUAGAGAGGAGCCGGCACUUCCAGAACCUUCUGAGGACCAUGGAGGCGCGGGACCGCUACCUGCUGGAGGACAACCUGUGGAGAGUGUCCUUCUGGUCCUGCCUCAACCUGCUCGUCAUGCUGGCGGUGGCCUCCACGCAGAUCUACACGCUGCGGAGGCUCUUCGACGACAAGAAAAGGACCUUCACGUAGUCAUAGUAUUUUGUUCAGUUGUGUCUGUGUCAGUGAUUAAUUGCUGUCUUAGAUAUUGGUUCUGGCCGAGGUGUGUGUAACGUCAAUAUAGUCACAGGCCUAUUUCUCUCCUGAUCUCAGAGGUGUGAUUCUCUGAAAAGCUCUGCACCGCUAGUGUAGACACGAGUAGGAGGCCUGUAGGGCGAGGUGCGAUAUAUCCGCCUCACACUCACCAUUCAGAAACGUAACACUGUGAAUAUGGGCAUUUGUUUAUCGGAUCUUCAAACCGACCAUUAUUUAAAUAUUUAAGAUGCAUUUUAAGAACAAAUUUGUUUU